CUCGACGCUUCUUUAUCUUUGCUUCCUCACCACCCUAAAGAUCGAUCUAGCGCGCCCUUCCGCAGCAUCUUUACCUUAGCUCGAAGCGACGAGCUGGAUCGGGUGGGGCGACCGGCUUAUAAGAAACACCGACAACCACGAGGUAGACGUCAGCGAGCAAAACCAACCCUGACACCGACUACCUACACUGGGCCCUACGGCCUCGAAAACGCAGACAUUACCACUGCAUCGAACCGCCGAAAAGCAGAGCUUUUCUGCCCCUUUUUCACACGUACUGCGACGCCCUCCCAUCAUAAUACAUUGACUUCUGGCACCGCCGGCAUCGCGUUGAUUUAGGCGUUCGCCCGUUAAUGCUGUCGGAGGCGCCGUCAGGAUCUCCAAUACGGAAGUCUACACCUUGAUGUAAUCUUGUUCCCUAUGUAUCCGACUCUAUAUUAGUCCCUGUAAUACUCUUUCUUCCUCGUUCGCUAGCACAGCAUCACGACAUAUCCUUUUCUUUCCGUCUUACCCCGAGACAUGGCCCCAUUACUGGGCCAUGAUGCGCCCUUACCUUCCCGACGAAAUGGCCACGAGAUGACACCUUCAAAGAACGUUCUCUAUGUCGACGCGUACGACUCUUUCUCUUACAAUGUUGUCGCCAUGCUUGAGGAGGUGUUGGAUGUGAAAGUCACGAUCAUGCAUAUUGACUCAACAUGGCCGGAUGGGAACGCUGCUGAGUUUCUUAAACAUUUCGAAGCCAUUGUUCUUGGGCCGGGCCCCGGUGAUCCACAUAUACCGCAUGAUGUGGGAAUUAUGGAGGAUAUCUGGAGCCUGAGCGCCGCAGAUAUGCUUCCAGUCCUCGGAAUCUGUCUCGGUUUUCAGAGCUUAUGCCUUCGUCACGGUGUUCCCAUUCACCGGCUACCAUAUCCGCUCCAUGGCCAAGUUCGCAGGGUUCAAACUUCCGAUGAAGAUAUAUUCGAUGGCGUACCAGAUCUGGAGGUCACACUGUACCACUCUUUAUACGCCCAGCUAGACACAGUCCAGAACGACCGCUGCGAUAAAAGAUCAGACAUAUUCGCAGCACAAGAGCUUGAUGUUCUGGCAUGGCUGCCCUUGGAGGAACAGGUCUCUACCGAUUCGGUUCAGCUGACCCAACUUCCAAUGGCUGUCCGCCAUAAGAAUAGACCCUUCUGGGGUGUUCAGUUUCAUCCAGAAUCCUGCAAGUCGGACAGGGAAGCAUGCAGACAAAUGCUAAGGAAAUGGUGGGAGAUGACUCUCUACUACAACAAAACGAGUGGACGAGGCAGUUUCCCGAAAGUGAUAAGCACCUGCCUCCAAGAAUCGGAUGAUAUAGCUUCUUUACCGAACAUUGUGCAUACCAUGUCGACCUGGUGCACAUCUACUUCAAGAUCUUCCUCCUUCCGACAGUUCUACGCUAAACCGCUGGAUUCGGCAUUAAUCUGCGAGACUCUUAAUAGUCCCGGUUUUCCGACGGUGUUGUUCAAAUCCAACGGCCGACACAGCAUCAUAUCCGUGCCUAGUCCUGGCAGCUGGAGGUUAGAAUUCUUCGCGCAGACUGAAAGGCUCUUUUUGGAGAAUCUUCAUUGCGAGGAUACCUUAGAAGGGCAUUCUGUGAUUAACACGCCCUUGUCGACCAGCCAAUUUUGGGAUGUCCUUCGGUACUUGAUGGACCUGAAGAAGGUUGAAUCAGGCAGUCGGGAUGUCCCGUUUUGGGCAGGAUUCCUCGGGUACUUUUCAUAUGAAAUGGGGCUCGCUUGCCUUCCUCACCCAAAAGACCACAGUCACAACUCCUCGGUAGAGGAUUCGGAAGAUACAGUGGAUGCGAGUCUACUUUGGACCGAACGAAGCGUGGUCCUCGACCAUGAGUCUGGCCGUGUUACCGUACAAUCUACCCGGGAAGCUGAUAACCAGCCGGCCGGAUGGCUUGAUGAAACAAUGCGACUUCUACAAGAUAUAUCAUCUCAUCCUGCCGUCGAUAAUGUCGACAGUAUUACAACCAACACAGUAGCUCUGGAUUCUAUACUCAGUCGAUCCACGGCACAAUUUCCCAAUGAACAACGCUACAAAGAACAGUUUGAUGCUUGUACCGCCGAACUGCACGCCGGUGAAUCAUACGAACUGUGCCUUACUUGUGAAACAGUAAUCACAGUGCCUUUCUCCGAACCAGAUUGUGAUAGCAUGGACUUCCCUUGGCUGUUGUACAAGCGCCUUCAAAAGUACAAUCCUGCGUCGUUCAGUGCUUAUGCAAAAUUAGGAAAAGUUAAAGUUCUAAGCAGCAGCCCUGAAUGCUUCCUCAAUUGGGACCGGGAGUCUCUUCUCGAAAUGAAACCCAUGAAAGGUACCGUGAGGAAAACGGACAAUAUGACGCUUGGAAUGGCCCAAAAGAUUCUCAGCUCGACCAAGGAAACCGCUGAAAACCUUAUGAUUGCAGAUCUUAUUCGGCAUGAUCUCUAUGGUAUCUGUGGUUCAGGUGGCGUAUUUGUCGAAAAGCUUCUCGAGGUCGAGGAUUAUGGACAUGUGUAUUCAAUGAUCACACAUGUCAAAGGCCAGGUUGAUCCGACUCGGCCUGGGUUCGCUGCACGAGACAUUCCAGAACUGCAGUCAGCGGAUAUGUCAGCAUACGGGCUUACGGCUCUGCAGAGAUGUCUUCCACCAGGCUCUAUGACUGGUGCCCCGAAGGAACGUUCUUGCAUGCAUCUCUCCUCUAUCGAGUCUCGUAGGCGUGGAGUGUACUCUGGUGUCAUGGGAUUCCUGGAUCUUGGGGGAGGUGGCAGCUUCUCAGUACUUAUCCGCACGGCAUUCAGCUCAUCCAAUGAUAACGCUCGCGAACAAAAAUGGCGAAUUGGAGCUGGUGGAGCUGUCACGAUCUUAAGCACAGCCCAAGGCGAGUGGGAUGAGAUGUUGACAAAGCUAAACACGGUCUAUACCGUCUUUAAGCCGUCUACUUCAAUAGUCACCAGCUAAACAAGCAUGUAUCGGGGAUUUUCCUGCCCAGUCGUCAUAGUACCAUAACAGCAACCUCUAUCACCUCAAAGCUAACGACCGGGACUGGCUCCAUGCAAGUGCCCUUUGCCCUUUGUCUGUUAAGACAUCUUUACAGGGGAACGCCGGUUGCAAUCCGGGCAUUCAAGCAUCUUAGCCGAGCGUUAGACCAAUAUCUGCUGCCCGCUAUCUUGUCCUGAGUUAUCGAUCUGAGAGAGGUGUUCUUUGUCCUGAUCCGUCUGAAGAUACUGGCGGAUUACUGGAGAACACAAAUCAUGCCCACGACGUUCAACGUUUGAAAAGACAUCUCUGGCCGCUCUGGUCGGAGCUCCUAUAUAGGACUUAGGCAUUUUGUCCAUCCUCGCGGCCCGUUGUGCUCGUUUUCGCAAACCGCACUCGGCCGCCCGCGGCGCCAACACCCACUCCUGUGCCCUUCCACGCCUCCGCCCACCCGCCAGUCACGCCGGAUAACGGUCCGAGGUGUCGAUGCAUGGCUAUGUGGAGAGAUCGAUCUGUGGAUCUGCCGGACCGUUCUGCGUGCGAACCUGCAUGAGAGGCGCCGUCGGUGGGCUAGGUCGAGGAUACCUACAAGGAAGUCUACGGGGCGGGUACACGAUGUGGAAUAUAACAUGUUGGGUUGGAUCUGUUGUAUAUCUACCUAUCUACAUGAUGCAUUGGAUAUAUUGUUUUCG